AUGAACGUUUCCGAGACACGUCAAUCAUCCAUUAUGGUGGCCGUUAGGGUUAGGCCGUUUAGUUCAGAGGAGGCUGCACGUUUAAUAAAAGAUGAAAAUGAUCAUAACAAUUAUCCUUCUAUGAAUGAUUCGUUACUAACAUUGCCUAAUGUUGAUAACAAUAAUACCAUGACAGACAAGAAUGAAUCUGUAACUAAAAAGUACUUGUUGAAAAGAAAUGCAAUCAGAAAAAUUGUCGAUUGUGUAGAUGAUAAAAUGCUUAUAUUUGAUCCUGCAGAUACUAAUCCGUUAAACAAACUUAGUGAUAAUGUAUUGAAUGCAAUGUACUCAAAAAGACAAACGGGUCGCAGAAAUUUAAGACGUGGGGGCGGUGAGUUGAAGUUUGUUUUCGAUAAAUUAUUUGAUGAAACUGCAAACCAAACUAAUGUAUAUAAUUCAACUACCAGCAGUUUACUAGAUUCUGUUUUGGAUGGAUUUAACGGCACAGUGUUUGCUUAUGGAGCCACGGGAUGUGGUAAGACGUUUACAAUUAGUGGAACCCCAGAACAGCCAGGUAUCAUAUUUUUAACAAUGGAUGAAUUAUUUAAAAGAAUUGAAAGUUUGAAAGAUACGAAGAAUAUCGAACUUACUCUAUCAUAUCUUGAGAUCUAUAAUGAAACAAUAAGGGAUCUUUUGAAUCCUAAUGUGUCAUCAAAAAAAUUAGUCAUUAGAGAAGAUAGUGAUCAAAAAAUAACAGUAUCGAAUUUAUCUCAUCACAAGCCUCAAACUGUUCAAGAAGUUAUGGAUUUUGUGAUAAGAGGUAAUAUGAAUAGGACAACAUCACCAACAGAUGCCAAUGAAACAUCUUCGAGAUCACAUGCUGUUUUACAGAUUCAUAUAGCACAAACAGAUCGAACACCGGAUUUAAUUUCUAAUUCAACUUUCGCCACUCUUUCGAUUAUAGAUUUAGCUGGUAGUGAGCGCGCUGCUUCUACUAAAAACAGGGGAGAGAGGUUAAUAGAAGGCGCUAAUAUUAAUAAAUCAUUACUGGCGUUAGGAAAUUGUAUUAAUGCACUAUGUAUAAGUGAUGGAACACGCAGGACGUGUCACGUUCCAUACAGAGAUUCAAAAUUGACCAGAUUAUUAAAAUUUUCCUUAGGUGGCAAUUGCAAAACAGUAAUGAUUGUUUGUAUAUCACCAAGCAGCACACAUUAUGAUGAGACCCUGAAUACACUUACCUACGCAAACAGAGCUAAAGAUAUAAAGACGAAAAUUAUACGAAAUCAACAAUCUUUGAAUAGACAUGUGGGCUCUUACCUAAAAAUGAUCACAGAACAGAAAAAAGAAAUUCAAGAAUUAAGACACAGAGAAAAUAAUAUGAUAGAUUUGCAUCUUAAAAAGUAUAAAUUAGGUAGGGAGAAAGUUGAGUUAGCGAUUGAAGAUUGUAUUCAAAAAAUUAAAAAUUCAUUAUUACAAACACCAAAAUUUCAAAAUACAAGAAUUAUCAAGUCUUUAAUUUUAUGUAAAAGGCGCUUACUUCAAUUAGUAAAUCUAGAAAUUAGUGAAGUUUUGGAAGCAGUUGAAGAUUGGACCGAUGUGGCAAUUGUUGAGAAUUGCCGCAUAAUUCAAGAACAAUUAAAUAAAAAGACUAAAGAACUAGAGGAACAAUUUGAUACUCCAGCAGAACUUGAAAUUAUAAUUGAAAAUGCAAAAACAAUCGAGAAACAGAGAUUAUCUGAAAUGGAAUUUUGGGAUCCUGCCAAUGAUGCUUAUAAUUUUGAUAUCAAGUUAAAUUAUAUAGCAGAAUUGAUUAGAAAUGAUAUUCUAGUCAAAGCGUCGAUGUUUACAGAAAGUUUAUUUGAAAACAGGAAAUUAAUCUCCAAAUUUAAAUUCUUAAGUAAAUGUCUGUCAUCAAAGCAAGAUAUCCAUGAGUGUCUAAAAGAUCUAUUGGAUAUUGACAAAGAGUUUGAUAUAUUUGGGAAAGAAUUAAUGUCAUACGAAAAUUCUAAUAUAACUGGAUUUUCUGACUUUGAAAAUAGAAUCUCUAAAGCAAAUGAUUAUACCAAGACGUCAAUAGUUUCGGAAGCAAAUAACGUUCCUCCAGUGAACAUAACAAAUUUAAAAAAUAGUCCGACGGUUGCAAAUAAAAUUGUAACGCAUAAUAACUCUGAGACACCUCCCAGCAUUUCUAAGUUUCCCAAUAAACUUAAAUAUAAUAAAUAUUCAUCACCAUUAUCUGAAAAGAAGAAAAUUACUGCAGCAAAAAGAAUUAGUAAGAAUGAAAACGGUGGAAACAGUAAUAGUAAUUCUCCAUCGCCUAAAAAUAUUAACAAGAUAAAAAAUCCAAUCUUAUCGUUUAAAGAGGGCGCAAGUAAUAUAAAUGUCAACAGUUCCAAAAAUAAUGUUCUAAAUAUACACAAUAGUGUCAUGACCAAACCAUUUAACUUGAAAUCUAGAAUGUCAUUAGAUCCACAAGAUAGUACCUUUGGUGAACCUGACGUAAGCAUGCAAGAUAUCUAUCCAAACAAUAAAAGUUCAAAUUUAUUUCAUAGCGAGAAUGAGUGA